CAACUCACCUUUCUGCAGGUCCCAACGAUGUCGGCACCUUUUGAGGAUGAUAUUUAUGACGAUCUCUACGGUGACAGUGCCGAUACGAAGGAUGCUGUAUCCCAAGAGCCCUCGCCGAUAGAGGAACGGGCAGAAAGUGCAACGGCACCGCCCGCAGCGCAAGAAAAGCCUCAGGCGACUGGAGAAAGCUCACUGCCCGCGAAGCCUACUACUGCAGGCGAGCUAUCGUACUCGGCGCAGAUAGCGCAGCAAUUUUCGGCGUACAAGCAGACUCCCGCUCAGGAGCGACAACAGCGCCCUGCAUUGCACGACGAUACUGACGCGGUAGAUGUCUCGCCGCAUGACCCAAGUUUAGGGCGUCGACCGGUCAGGCCGUCGGAGAUGAAGGACGAAGGCAAACUCUUCGUCGGCGGUCUCAGCUGGGACACCACAGAUGAAGGUUUGCGAAAGUACUUCUCAGAAUUCGGCGAGGUCGAGGAUUGUACUAUCCUCCGCGAUCACGACGGGAGGUCUCGUGGCUUUGCCUUCCUGACAUUCAAGGAUCCGUCAUCUGUAAAUGCCGUCAUGUGCCGAGAACAUGUACUCGAUGGCAAAUCUAUUGACCCCAAACGGGCAAUUCCUCGAGAGGAGCAUCUCCGCAACACGCGCUACUUCGUAGGAGGUUUGUCGCAUGCGACGACGUCGGAGACCAUGCGAGCAUUCUUCUCCACAUUCGGCAAAGUGGUAGAUUGCACGGUUAUGGUUGACAGAGAGUCGGGCCGAUCGAAGGGUUUCGGUUUCGUGACGUUCGAAGAUGCCAGCAACACGGACCAGCUUGUUGGCCGUGCUGACCUCGUACUCGACGACAAACAAAUUGAAGUGAAGGUCGCGCAGCCUCGUAACCAGCGAGAUCAAGCACGGACUGGCAGAACUGGCCAAGAGGGGUCUUAUGAGACAGUGCCGUCACCCGGCAUGAGCUUCGCUGCCCCUCCGCAGCCCACCAUGAAUCCUCAAAUGUCAAUGAUGUACCAGCGCAUGAUGAACCAGAUGCCCAUGAUGGGCGGCAUGUCCUCCAUGGGCAUGAACCCGAUGGGAAUGGGAAUGGGAAUGGGCAUGGGCAUGGGCAUGGGCAUAGGCGGUGGCUUUAAUGGCGGUGCCAGCGGUAUGUCUAAUGCAGCGAUGCCUAUGGGCACUGCGAGCCCACCGAUGAACGACUUCUCUGGCAUGGGUGGUAUGGGCGGCGGCAUGAUGGGCGGGAACAUGCGCAUGGGUAUGGGCCCGAUGGCGAUGAAUCCGAACAUGAACAUGAUGCGCCCAUUCAUGAACAACGCGGGUGGCAUGAUGCGGGCGGGCAUGGGUGUGGGAGGGAUGGCACCGAUGAUGCGAGGGCGAGGAGGCCCAAUGGUCAGCGCGGCGGGUGUAGGCCCUAUGAGAAAUGCAGGUCGGGGACAUCACGGAUACCAUCCCUAUGCACGUUAACAUACUGAUACAUUCCUUGUAUUUAUUAUAUCUAACACAUCUCCUAACGGCGUGGUAUCGUAGAGUGCGAUAA